AUGGCGCCCUCUCGCACCAGCACCGUCAAAAACAAAAAUGCAUCCAAACAUGCUGCCAAUGGAUCUGGUAUCCGCAACAGCAAAACCGUUUCUCGAGCUCAAAGCGACGGAGUCUCGAAAUCGAAAGGCAAGAAAGCUACACAGUCUAAGGGUGCCCCGCCGAAACCACAGAAGCAGGGAAAUAAAAUGGCGACGUUGAAGAAGAAGAGGAGGGUUUAUACGGAGAAGGAGUUGGGGAUUCCGUCGCUGAAUAUGAUUACGCCGGUGGGAGUUGAGAAGCCGAAGGGGAAGAAGAAGGGGAAGGUUUUUGUGGAUGAUAGAGAAUCUAUGAUGACGAUUCUAGCAAUGGUGAAUGCGGAUAAGGAUGGUCAAAUAGAGAGUAAGAUGAUGAGGGCCAGACAAAUGGAAGAAAUUCGAGAGGCGAGAAAGGCAGAGCAUGAGAGGAAGCAGGAGAUGCAGAAAAAUAAAUUAAAGGGAAUGAAGGAUGAUUUGAGGAAAAAGAGGAAGAGAGGAGGAGAUGAUGAGGGUGAUAAUGUGAAGGGAGAGGCAUUGGCCGGAACGAAGCCUCUGAAGCCUAAAAAGAAGACUGUUUCUUUUGCAUGA